UUGGCCAUCGGUCUCUGUCUCCGUAGCACCUACAUUCCGGGAGAACAACUGUCUGUGUACCUGGGGAAGAGCGCCCUCAACGAGACGGACCCGGAGAAGGAGCAGCGGUUCACUGUGGAACAGCUGGUCAUACACGCCGAAUACAACAGCGGAGGAGUGGACUAUGAGAAUGACAUAGCGCUGUUGAGGAUACGCGGCGGCAGUGAUGGUGCUUGCGCUGCUCGGACCGACUGGACCCGCACGGCGUGUCUGCCCCCCCUCCACACCAAACUGCCUGCUGGGAUGCGGUGCACCGUCGCCGGCUAUGGCCGUGAGGUUGACGGUGGACUCUAUAAUUCCCAGUACCUGCGGGAGGCGAAGGUGCAGCUGCUCUCACAGGGCGUCUGUAGGUCCAACUACGCUGAGAAACUCACGGACAACAUGCUCUGUGCCGCCAGUCCAGACUGGAGCAGAGACGCCUGCCAAGGAGACUCCGGGGGCCCGCUGGUUUGCGAGACGGGGGGCCGGGCGUUCCUCUACGGGGUGGUCAGCUGGGGCAACGGCUGUGCCCGGAGGAACAAGCCGGGGGUGUACACACGACUGACCAACUACAACGGCUGGAUCGCCGAGCAGACAGGCCUGCCGUCCUACACCGCCGGAGCCAUGUACCCCAAGAAGUGGUGACCAGCAGAUAGAAGGACGACGGCGGCAUCUCAGGAAAUUAAGUCUGAAAAAAAGACUCCAUUUUGUAUUGUUGUUUAAACGCUUUUGCACAGAGUAGCAUUCCCUCAGCAAGCAAUGUGACGUUUAUUAUAUUGUGCGGUGCAGUUUAUGGCACCAUGGUGGAAUGUAUAUAUGCAAGUGGGUAAAAUUAUAUUUAAUUUGCAUUUGACAAGAAUCUAGAUGGUUUCUUUUUGUCAUUGAACAAAUAUUUCUUAUAGAGGCUGGUCUUCUGUUACUUAUUAUUAUACUUUACUUUCAAUGUUUCUAAUUGUAUUUUU